AUGAUCACCGACGUGCAGCUCGCCAUCUUCGCCAACAUGCUGGGCAUGUCGCUCUUCCUGCUCGUCCUCCUCUACCACUAUGCAGCCGUCAACAACCCCAAGAAGCAGGAAAUUAAUCUUCUUUUUUGUGAUUUGUUCUUUUAA